AUGCUAGCAGAAUAUGCGGACAGGACCUUAAUCAGCAUCCUGGAAGAGGAAAGCACGGAAGAUCUGUGUCCCACACCACAGACAGGUGCAGUGUGUAGCCAGAGCUGCACAGAGGGAGGAAGCUCUGGGGAGGAGGUGGUGCAGCAGUGCACCCCUCCGGCUGUGGCUGUGCUGGGUGGCGACCCCCAGGCUGAGCAUUAUGUGGCUGGGUCAUCCCAGCAUGCCCUGCAUCCAGUCCCUGCUGCGCCCCUGCCACCACUGGAUAACACGGCCACGUCACAGCCAGAAAGACGCGUACACGUCAAUGAAAAGAACGCACCCACAGAGAGUCACCCCAACGGCAAAACUAAGGACAGCCGUGAAGAAGGGGCUAUGUCGGAUAGUGGUGCUGAGGUUGUCCAAGGAGGAUUGGGCCCAUCGCACCCCAAGGAUCCUAGUGUCUCUACAGAGUCUCACUCAGACAGAUUCUCUGACAUACAGACGGAAGGAACAGAGCAAGAUUUGCAUUACGGGUCACAAACUGAUAACCGCAGCCACACAGACAGACAGACGGGCGCUGCUGGACCAGGUCAGGACCAGGCUCUGCAGCAGGGAGGUGCAGGUGGAAUGGAGGUUGUCAGUCGGACAGAACAGCGACAGCCUCUCCCAGAGACGGAGAAAUUGGAAUAUAAACAAGAGACUGGAAUGGAGGAACUUAGCAGGGAACACCCAGCUAGAAACCUUUCCUCUGAAUCCUUCUCAACAGCCUCCCCUCUUCCCCGCAGCCCAAAUACAGAUAAAGUCCCAGACCACACAGAAGACGGAGGGAUGGAGCAGCCUCAAACAACUCUGCCUACUCAGGCGAAUCAGGCCAGCCACAGACCUCUAUCUGAGGUUAAAGAGCAAGCAGGCAUUCUUCAAAAUUCUGAGCAGCCCAUCACUGACAACUGUGAGAGGAAACAAACCGACAUCUCCACAGAACCUAAAAUCACCAUGCAGAACUCGAAUGACGACAAAGGAGAGAUGCCGGGAGCUAAUGCUGUGGAGCAGGGACCACAAGAACCUGAAAGACCUACAGAACCAUCUGAGAGUGGACAUGUCACACUUGGGAGUUCAUACACACAAACGCCACUCCCAGCCCCACCAACUGACGUAUCUGGGACCCCACAGCCAGGAGCUAAAUACUCUGGACUUGUACCCUACACGCCUCCUGGCAGUGGAAAUUCCACCCCAAGCUACUCAACUGACCGACAGAGUGAGAGCGAUAACGAAAAAAGUCCACCUCAACAGAAGGAACAGAUUGAGACUAACGGGGCAGAGGAGGAGACUGAAAUGGCCGAGUCCUCGCCCAACCUUACAAUCCAGUCACAAAGCUCUUUUCUACAUGAGACGUCAACAACAGCAGCAACCCCUCAUGUCCACCACCUCCCCAGUUUAGAACUGGACUCAAUGCAGACAGAACAAUCUGUUGAAGUUCAGAUGUCUAAUCUUGAGCACGUAACCAGGAUAGAGACUCCACUGGUGUCUGAGCAUGUCCUCUCAACUGACACUCAAGGAGCUGUGAUGCUUGGAGGAGAGACCAGCCUGGAGUUGUGUGAGGAGGUGCAGGUUAAUCAGUGGCCUGAAGAUCCACAGCCCUGUCCAACUCUGACAGAAACCCCAGUGCAGACCCAGCAGGAUGUUGAUCGUGCUGUUAAUGUGACAUCAACAACCGAGGUCAAACCGGAGGCUUCCCGGUCCGCGCUCUCCUCUGGCGUCAUCGACCCAAAGCUCCUCCUAUUAAAGCGCGGGGACACCCCUCUCCUCAAACAUCCACCUUCCUUAUUGUUGGGGUUGUGCGUGCAGCAAAGCAACAGCUUGACACAUCCUAGCGCUAGAAGCCCCAGCUGUGGCUCAGACACGGCGCCUGUGGUAGAGUGCCCUCCCAAAGCUGUGGCAGCCGCAGUCUCUGUGCAGGAGCCUGUGGCUCUCUGCAUUCAUAGAGGCCAGACAGAGCCCUCCGUCAAGAGAGAACCCACAGCAGCACUUCCCUCUACAAACACCCCAUCACAGCCCCGUCUGCUCCCUCCCUCUGGUCCCACGCCAUGCAAAUCUGACAGAGGGGCCUUAACUUCGAUCAAAACUUCCAUGGGGAAAGCAGUGACAGUUUCCCAAACCUUAAACCCUCCCACCAUUGGCAACACACCUUCCAAGCGCCCCUCUGACCCCAAGUUGCCCUCAACAUCAGGCAAUGUGACGAGGAGUAGUCUCUCCAUUUCCUCCUGUGAUGGGAGCCAGUCUGGACCGCUCCCCGUUAUCCGGCCACGGCUAGCUGGUGUGAAGGGCCCAGGGAUCAGCAGCGCCAAGGAGGAGAGCAGUGAUGGGGAGGCUGACCUAGCAGUGGAGGCCAAGCCUGGCCGCAGGAGCAUGGUCACCCACAGCCCAGCAGAGAGCAAGGUACGCCAGUGGAUAGCAGACAGGGUCACUCCAAGUUCGUCUCCCUUCUCGCCCUGUUCUUCACCCCCCUCUACUAGCCCAUCUUCCUCCAGUGACUGGACUCCCAGCACUACUCCCCUCGCUCUCCGAGGUCCCCGGGGUAGGUUCCUCUCCCCGCCCUCUAUGGGCCUGGGAGGUUCCUCCCCAUCGGACCCGGUCACUCCCUAUCGACCCCGCAUGGAGCGUCACGCGGACAUGGCCGAACUGGCCAAACACGAAGCUGAGAUAGAGGGCAGGACCCUAGCGUUGAAGAGAGAAGGCUUCUGGUCUAUAAAGCGACUGACCCGUCUGACGGAGCCGAUCCGGCCCAAGGUGCACUGGGACUACCUGUGUGAGGAGAUGCAGUGGCUCUCUGCUGACUUUGCCCAGGAGAGAAGGUGGAAGAGAGGGGUCGCCAGGAAGGUGGUGCGGAUGGUGAUGCGACACCACGAGGAGCUAAGGCAGAAGGAGGAGAAGGCCAAGCGGGACGAGCACGCCAAAAUCAGACGAGUCGCCUCCAACGUAGCCAAGGAGGUCCGGGCCUUCUGGGGCAGUGUUGAGAAGGUGGUGCAGUACAAGCAGCAGUCCCGGUUAGAGGAGAAGAGGAAGAAGGCUCUGGACCUCCAGCUGGACUUCAUCGUGGGCCAGACAGAGAAAUACUCCGACCUCCUUAGUCAGGCCCUGGAAACGGCACCGGCUGGGAACAGUGAACCUGCACCCUCGCCACCCAAAAAAUCCCUUCCACCUGCUGUGGAUGAGGAUGACCGAGACUUUGAGCCUCCGUGUGGCGAGGAGGAAGAUGACGAGGAGACCAUCGACGUAGAGGAGGCGCAGGACGGCAAUGAUGCCGAGACCCAGAGGAGGGAGAUGGAGCUGCUGAGACAGGAGGGGACCAUGUCCUUGGCAGAGUUGCUCAGCACCCUCAAACGGCCUCAUUCACAGGACUCGGAAGAGGAGUGCUCAGGCAAUUCGUCAACAACAGUGGAGGAAGACGAAGAGUUCACAGCCAACGAAGAGGAUGCUGAAGACGAGGAGGACACCAUCGCAGCCCAGGAGGUAGUGGAGGGGGAAGCUGAUCACACAGGAGAGCUUGAUGACUUGGCUAAAGAAGGUGACAUGACCGUGGAGGAGCUGCUGGAGAAGUACAAAGGAGCGUAUGCCUCUGAUUUCGAGGCGCCCUCGGCGUCCGCCUCUCCUGCCAGCACAGAGGAGUCGGAAAAUUCCGGAGACGAGGAAGAGGAGAGCGAGGAAGAAGAAAGUGAUGUGGAGAGCAACACCACCUCCUCAGAUGAUGAGGACAGUGAAGAGGACGAGGUCAGUGACAUUGAGGAAGAGGACAGUGAGGAAGAUGAGUGCGGUGAGGGGAUGGAGAUCCUGCUGAAGGAGGGGGACCACAGCCCCCCUCUGCCAACCGGCCCGCGGCCCAAGAAGGAGAUCAGCCACAUUGCUGCUACUGCAGAGAGCCUCCAGCCCAAAGGCUACACCCUGGCCACAACCAAGGUCAAAACUCCCAUUCCCUUCCUGUUGGUGGGCCAGCUGCGUGAGUACCAGCACAUCGGCCUGGACUGGCUGGUCACCAUGUACGAGAAGAAGCUCAACGGCAUCCUGGCUGACGAGAUGGGCCUUGGGAAGACCAUCCAGACCAUCGCCCUGCUGGCUCACCUCGCCUGUGAAAAGAGUAACUGGGGGCCCCAUCUGAUCAUCGUGCCAACCAGUGUGAUGCUGAAUUGGGAGAUGGAGCUGAAGCGCUGGUGUCCCGGAUUCAAAAUCCUCACUUACUAUGGCAGUCAGAAGGAGAGGAAACUCAAGAGACAGGGUUGGACCAAGCCCAACGCUUUCCACGUGUGCAUCACCUCCUACAAGUUGGUGCUGCAGGACCACCAGGCCUUCCGACGCAAGUCCUGGCGCUACCUCAUCCUGGACGAGGCCCAGAACAUCAAGAACUUCAAGUCCCAGCGCUGGCAGAGCCUGCUCAACUUCAACAGUCAAAGGCGCCUGCUGCUGACAGGCACCCCGCUGCAGAACAGCCUGAUGGAGCUGUGGUCCCUGAUGCACUUCCUCAUGCCCCACGUCUUCCAGUCCCACCGAGAGUUCAAGGAGUGGUUCUCCAACCCCCUCACCGGUAUGAUCGAGGGUAGCCAGGAAUACAACGAGGGCCUGGUCAAGAGGUUACAUAAGGUGCUCAGACCGUUUCUGUUGAGGAGAAUCAAGGUGGAUGUGGAGAAGCAGAUGCCUAAGAAAUAUGAGCAUGUGGUGCGCUGCCGUUUGUCCAAGAGGCAGCGCUUCCUCUACGAUGACUUCAUGGCACAGGCCUCGACCCGGGAAACGCUGGCUAGUGGUCACUUCAUGUCUGUGAUCAACAUCUUGAUGCAGCUCCGUAAAGUGUGUAACCACCCCAACCUGUUUGACCCUCGGCCCAUUCACUCCCCCUUCAUCACCAAGCCUAUCGUCUUCCACACUGCCUCCCUGGUACAGCGAGCCCUGGACGUCUCCCCAUUCAAGCGCUGCGACCUGUCCAUGUUUGACUUGGUGGGUCUGGAGGCCAACGUGUCCAGGUACCAGGCCGACGUGUUUCUGCCUUCCAGGAAGGUCACCCGACAGCUGAUCCAGGAGGUCAUGGAGUCUCCCGACACCCCUCCCCGUCCCAAACCCGUCCGCAUGAAGGUCAACAGGAUGUUCCAGCCCUUACCUAAGGCUGAUGGUCGCACGGUGCUGGUUGUGAACAAACCCCGACCCACCUGCCCUGUCACCCCUGCUGCUCAGGCCUCAAGGACCCCUCUCAUCCAGGAUGUGACCCCAACCCCUACACCGCCAGUCCAACAAACAGUGUGUUCAGUUGCACCCACAGCCCCUCCUCGCCCGCCCUUGCACCCCAGUGGCCCCUCUGUCAUGAGGUCCGGCUCCCCAAUGCCAGUCCUGGCCGUACGCCCGCCCACCACCUCCUGCAACCCCGCCACCCAUCUCACCCAUCCUCCCAGCAACGUUUUGACCCAACGGGUUUUGCUCAGCCCAGACAUGCAGGCCCGGCUUCCCUCUGGGGAGGUAGUGAGUAUCGCCCAACUGGCCUCAUUGGCCGGGCGUCCUGUGUCAUCGUGCCAGGGCAGUAAGCCUGUCACCUUCCAGCUGCAGGGCAACAAGCUCACCCUGUCUGGAACCCAGCUCCACCAGGUUCCCAUGGCACCUCCACGCCCAGUACAAGGUAACGUCAUGCAUCUGGUGACCAGCGGAGGGCAGCACCACCUCAUCAGCCAGCCAGCCCAAGUAGCAGUUUUCAGUUCAGCCAAUACCCACGCUGUCCCCACCUCUCCUGUACCCUCGGGAAUCCAGCUGCCUUGCAAUUCUUCUCAAGUGCCCUCCUCCGUGGUGACCAGCUCUGGGAUUGUGAAGAUUGUGGUACGCCAGUCAAGCAAGGAAGGAGGGGGUGUACCCACCCUGGCAGUGCCCCCUUCUCCUCGCGUAGCCCCCCAGGCGUCAACCUCCAUGCACCAUCAUGCCAAUACUGCCGUGAGAACUCCUGCCCCCCAGCAAACCGCCCAUCGCCACCCCGGACCCACCACUGCUCAAUACACCCUGGCCCCCCCUAGAACCCCUACCUCAGUCACAAUUAGAACCUGUACCCCAGCCCCCCCCCGAAUCCCUGCCCCAGCCCCUCCUCGAACCCCUGCCCCCCCCCGUAAUCCUACCUCAGCCCCCAGUCAGUCCCAGCCCCCUCGCCCAGUGCUGAAGGUAGUAACGGGACCAGCAGAAACCAGCACAGAACAGAAAGCGCGUGUGAAUUCUACAUUGACACGUGAGGAGAGCAGCGACACCAAAUCAGCCGUUCCUAAAUCAGGGUCCCAUGUUGGUGGAUUUGUCCCCCCUCGACCUCGGGCACAACCUCGCCCACCUCCUCGCUCCCCCUUCUACAUGGCAUGGCUGGCAGACAGCCGCAAGAAGCAGCGAGACAGCCGCCUGACCCAGAUCAUCCGGAUCAACGACCUGCACUGCAGCGCCAAGCCCGUAUUUGGCCAUGAGGUGCUGGACUUCCUCACCUUCCUCCCGGGCUCCUGCCCUGCUCCGGCCCCCAAGGCCCUGGGUCAGUGGGGUCGCUCGGGCCACGCCGCCUGCCUGUUCGCCCAGUCCCACAGCGCUACGGACUACUGGGACCAGAGCCGCGCCCUGAGGGAGGGCAUCCACACCACCGAGGACAGGCUGCAGCUGCUCAAAGAUGUGAUCGAACGGUUUACGUUUGUGAUCCCGCCGGUGGAGGCUCCGGCCAUCACCAUGCACAGCUGCCACCCCCCUCCGUCUCUGAGCCACCAGCAGGCCGUGUUCACCUCGCUGCUCUCCUCCCAGGUGGCCCCGCUCGCACGCAGUCUGCACCGCAUCCAGUGCAACAUGAGGACCCACUUCCCUGACCUGAGGCUCAUCCAGUACGACUGCGGUAAGCUGCAGACGCUCCACACCCUGCUGCGUCGGCUGAAGGAGGGCCAACAUCGCGUUCUCAUCUUCACCCAGAUGACCCGCAUGCUGGACGUGCUGGAGCAGUUCCUCAACUACCACGGACACAUCUACCUCCGCCUGGACGGCAGCACCCGCGUCGAGCAGAGACAAUCCCUGAUGGAUCGCUUCAACGCGGACCGCCGCAUCUUCUGCUUCAUCCUGUCCACGCGCAGCGGCGGCGUGGGGGUGAACCUGACAGGCGCCGACACGGUGGUGUUCUACGACAGUGACUGGAACCCCACCAUGGACGCCCAGGCCCAGGACCGCUGCCACCGCAUCGGACAGACCCGUGACGUCCACAUCUACAGGCUGAUCAGUGAGCGCACGGUGGAGGAGAACAUCCUAAAGAAGGCCAACCAGAAAAGAAUGCUGGGAGACAUGGCCAUAGAAGGAGGCAACUUCACCACCGCUUUCUUCAAACAGCAAACCAUCAGGGACCUGUUUGACGUGAAUGAGGGGGAGAAGAAGGAGGUGACCCCAGAGCCGUCUGUGCCCCAACCAGAAGAGGAAGAGACGGGCAACAAACAGAACACCACCAUCCUGGAGCAGGCCCUUUGUCGUGCCGAGGACGAGGAGGACAUAGUGGCUGCCUCCCAAGCCAAAGCAGAGCAGGUAGCUGAACUGGCAGAGUUCAACGAGGCCAUCCCAUUGGACGAGGCUGGCGAAGGGAGGGACCCGGAAGAGGAGGAGCUCUCCAAGGCAGAGCAGGAGAUAGCGGCUCUUGUGGAGCAGCUCACUCCUAUAGAGCGCUAUGCUAUGAAUUUCCUGGAGGCUUCACUGGAGGACGUGUGCAAGGAGGAGUUAAAGCAAGCAGAGGAGCAGGUGGAGGCUGCCAGGAAGGGGCUGGACCAGGCCAAGGAGGAGGGCCUGAAGCUGCAUGCAGGCUCCUCGGACAACGACGACGAGGACUUCUCAUCACAGCCAGCGGAGGAGCCCUCGCCGCCCGGGUCGGGCCGUCGCCCACGCAAACACAAAGAGAAAGGCGCCCCCUCCACCAGAAUCAGCGGUAGGCUCCGAGGAGCCACGGCCUCCCCACCGCCCACUUCCCCAGAGCCAGAGUCCGAUUCCCCCACCCCCAGAGAAGUGCCUGAAAGGCUCCGCUCAGCUCUGAGAGGACGAGGGGGGACCAAAGACACUACCACCACACCGGCCCGCACAGAGCACCCCAGGGCCCACACCUCCUCAUCAAAGGAAUCUGCCAAACCUGCAUCCACAGCCCCGGCCUCUCCUUCUAGAGACUCCAGCCUCAAAUCCGGGUCGGCAGCGCAACCUCUCGGAUCUCAGUCCCAUUCCAGCUCAGUGCCUUCCACUGCCACCAGUCCUCUAGCUAUGAAACCACUGACACUACCAGGGGAGUCACACACCAGGUCACCCAGCAGGGAGAGGGCAGUGUGUAUCCCCUCAGAGUCCACGUGUCCGGUGGACCACCAGUCAUACUCUGCCCAGGCCAGGGACUACGACAUUAGGGACCAGGAGUCCCUGUCUCCCAACUCUGUGUGCCCUCUCUCCCGGUCGCCACGCAAGCGCCAGUCGGCUGACGGGGAGGUCCUGCUAGGCCUUCCGGAACAUUCCCCGUCGGCCAAGGUCCUGCGGAAGCUCCCUGGUCGCCUGGUGACGGUGGUGGAGGACAAGGAGCCCAGGAAGAGGAGGAGGAGAGGCAGCGGGACAGGAGGAGGCUCAUCAGAAGAGACGGAGAACGCUGAGUCGGGCCGAGGCUCAGACGAGCCAAGCAGAGACUCCCAAACCCCUGACAAAACCAGCCAGACACCCGAAGAGAAAGGAACUGCUUCAAAAUACUCAACGACCACCAAACUCACAGAGGACCAAGAAUCCCCCUCAACACACACCUAUCCUGCCAGAAGCUACCUCCCUUACUCCCCGCCCCACCAAUCCCCUGACAUGCCGGUGCUGAGGAACCUGCCGGUGCGGCAGCGGCUGGAGAGCGAGUCUCGCGUGGCGGCGCAGUUAGGAGAGCUGGGCCGAGGGAGGGGAGGGAACUACCACAGGAAAAUGGACAAUCAGCCAGGAAAAGACGGAAACUUGUCCUCAGUCGCUAAUGUUGCGAACUCGACCCCACCAGUGAAACGAAAGAGGGGCCGACCCCCCAAAACUCCCCUCAGGUUGGCGGUAUCCCAGCCAGAGUAUGUAUCUCCUCCCAAGCCCACCUCAGCAAGUGAGGGGAGCCCCGCUCUCUCCCCAAAACGCAAGCGGGGUCGUCCCCGCAAGGACUCGACAACUGUAAAGAAUGCUGUGGGUGCAGGACAUAACUCAACCGCCAGCACCACCAGCCGACCUGGUUCCCUGUCUGACGCUGUUGACACAGAGCCACUACUCCCGUCUGCCCCCACUGAGCCUCAAACUGUGGCCUCCUCUGCUAUCUGCACCAGCCAAGACUCUCUGUCUACCAAAGCUGAGGACUCUACCGCAACAUUAAAACCAAACACUAAGACUGAGGUCCUUACCACAACCCCAACUGCUAUCCUAGCACUAAGCCCAGCUCAAGUUCUUACCACAACCGCUAUUCCUGCGCCAAGCCGAACUCGAGUUCCCAUCUCAAUUCCAAUCUCUGUCUCCACCUCAAGCUCAACCGAUGUCAGUGCCUCAAGCUCAACAACCAUCUCCACCUCGGUUCCAAUUUUAGUCCCUGCCACAAGCUCACCCACAGUCCCCGCCUUAAACUCAACCUCUGUUCCUGCUUCAAGCUCAUCCACAGUUUCCACCCCAAGCUUACCCACAGUAUCCACAUCGAGGCCGCCCUUUAGCCCUUCCUCAAGGUCAACCUCUGGUCUCAUUCGAAUUCCAACUGCAGUCCUCACCUCAACACUUGCCCAGUUCCUCACCUCAAGACCUAGAGUCUCCACUUCUCCACCAAUCUCCACAACUACCACACAAAUCGUCACCCCUACCCCCAACAAGAUCUCCACUCCUCCCCUUGCCCAAAUCGCUAUCCCUACUCCAGCUCAAAUCUCCAAAAUGGCCACAUCAGCCUCUACUCCAAACGUCACCCCCACUCCAGCCCCUACACCAACACUCACAAAUGUCAAACCAACCCCUACUCCGGGCCCUACCACAAUUGUUGCAACCCAUGUGCCAACACUUAGAAAACUCACCUCAAUCGCAAAUCUGACCACCAUUUCCACACCAGCCCCAAGUAUAAUAGUCACCACCGUCACAUCAGCCCGAACCACAGCCAUCACAGCAGUUACUGCAACAACCUCCAUACCAACUUCUACCAAAAUCACCAUCACAACCCCCACACCAGCCCCUACAACAACCACCACACUAACCUCUACACCAGCCCCUACCACAACUGUCACCACCGUUACACCAGCCCCUACCACAGCUGUCACCACCGUUAAACCAGCCCCUACCACAACUGUCACCACCGUUACACCAGCCCCUACCACAACUGUCACCAGCGCUACACCGCCCCCACCCAGAACUGCCACCACUGCUACUGCAGCCGCUGCCACAAGCAUCACAUCAACUCCUACCCCAAUCUCUACCCCAACCCCCACUGAAGCCCCCAUGCCAACCCCCGCCCCUUCCCAAGUAUACAACUCCACUACCAACAAAAUCCUCACCCAGAUAUCCACCCCAGCCCCCACUCCAAGUUCAACAUUAGUCUUGCCCCUGGCCCAAAUUCCUAUUACAUCUACCCUCUCCAGCAACUCUACUGCUGUGGCUGCCACAGAGAACCAGACUGUGGAGACUGCCCAGAAUCCAGAUUCAGAGAACAUAAUAGACAUGGAGGUGGAGACCCAGGCGGCUAAAGAGGACAAAAAGACGGAGGGUGGAGAAGAGGAGAUUGGUGACUCUCAACCGAAAAAGAGGAAAGUGGAGAAUUCUCCUGAAGCCAAAGACACUGUCCUUUCCACUCCCUCACUCGCUGACCCAGAGACUCCAGUGGCUCCUCGGCCAGAGGAAACAGAUAAGCAGAAGAUAGAGGAGAGCGCCAGAGAUGACAAAGCCGCCAGCAAGAAGAGGCCUCUUAGUCGCCAGAGCAGUCAGGAGUCUGUGCGCUCCUCUUCUCCCUCCUCGGUGUGCUCUACAUCCAAUCCCACCCGGUCAUCCCAACACAAGAAGAGUGCAGAGAAGAGAGCACCUGCCAAGAGGAGGCGAGGAGAGGUUCUGUUUGACCCAGAGAAGGGAGAGGGGAAGUCUGAGAAAGAGUCCACCAACGCCACUCGGAGGAGGCAGUCCAGGUCCUCUUCUUCAGACUCGGACCCCUGUGAAACCAGGAAAGAGCGCCUCCUCACCCGCUCGUCCCAGAUCUGGCAGGAGAAAGAGGGGGAAGGAGAGGGCAACAGGCGGAGAAGAAGACCCGCCAGGAGCUCUGAACGGGAGGGCAGGACUGUGUCCAACAACACCGGUACUGGGGAGUCUGGCAGCGAGACAUCCUCUGUGAGGGUCACCCGGAAAUCCUCUGGUCCUCUGCCCAACCCAGAGAGUAAACCCCAGUCUAACAGCGUGCCCUCUACCCCUCCCCAGCCAGAGGUCCUGGGAAAGAGGUGCUCAGCCCUGAACGCUGCAGCCAAACUCCUUGCCAUGCGAGGCAGGGUCGACACCCCUGGCAGCAGGAAAGACCCUGCGGCUAAGGCUGCUGGGCAGAAUGCCAUUUCUCCUGCUUCCUCUGACAAGAACCACAAGUCCAAAUCUAAAAGUGCACCAGCCACUCCGCAAACAAACUGCAACAACAAAGCAGGAAUCAGCCAGAUGACCCCCACCAAGUCUAGCCGCACUGCCGCCCGCUCCACCCGUCAGUGCCCUGGCGCCCUCGUCCCACCCCUGGAGACAGACAACAAGAGGGGGAGCAAAAAGGAGGAGAGUGAAAAAGAAAAAAAGAAGCCCUCGGAGGAGAAGGAAGAGGGGUGCGAGAGGGAGACUCACUCAUCCAGGGGCCACAGCGCCUGCAGCAGCGUGAGUAGCGAUGGUGGAGGGAGUAGUCGGAGCAGCAGCAACAGCAGCCAGCGCACCCACAGCCUCAGCUCCCAGAGCACCGGGCCCAGGCUCAACAGCUCGCGAGCACCCUCCUCCGGCAGCGAACGUGAACGCAGCACCGAGAGGGGCAGGAGGCGCAGCCACAGGAAGGAAGGAGAAGGCCGGGGGAGGGAGACCCGGAAGGAAAGAAAGGAGAGGCACGCCCAGAAGCGGGAGAGGCUCUCACAGGAAGGGAACGCUGGCUCGGGAGAGGGCACACCGGACAGGGUGCUGCGCAGCGUGGCGGCUAUGGCAGCAGCUCAGGCCCGCACACCUGCCGCCAACACCCGCUCCUCCCGCUCUUCCUCUGCUCAACACAAGACAUGAUGGAAUAACAAGAUAUAUUUUUUUAAACUGGGAGAGGGAGUGAGGGAUUCUGACUGGAAAACGGCCUCUAAAGUUGCUGCUUUGUCUACACUGACGGAGGCCAGAGCAGAACUACGUGUUGUGCAGGUCAGUGACCUCCCUCCCUCUUGGGCCCUCUCCCCCACCCCACAUUAGAGCUGGUCUCCUCUCCAGUUCAGCCAUCAUCAACUGGGGAAAGGCUUAGAGAUGCCAGACUGUCUGCGGAGAGAAAGGUGCCACCAUGGUAGAGCCCUUCCAGAAGUGAGGUGUUGUAGUCCUGAAGGUGUCACUUCAUACGGACAGUGGCUUUACUGCACACCGGGGACUUUGGGACGAGGUGGGUGCGAGUGAGUUAUUUGUUAGUUCACACUAUUGUACUGUAAAACAUUUAAAAAGACUGGAAUACUAAGAUGUAUGUGUUCGAGAGAGGAUUAGAUUGCACCCAAUAUGCAGAUUUUAUCCUCUGCCAGGGUUAUCGAUGGGAAUCAUUCAUGCGACAUUCAAAAUAAUAUUUUGAGUGACGAUUGUAUCGUACGUUUGAAGGUUUUAGACUUUUUGGGUUCUGGACAUUUUGUCAGCUGUUCUGACCUCUGUUGAUAAGUUAUGGAUAUUUUAUAGUUUCUUCCAGGAAGAGAGCAGAUCUGUAAAUGUGAUAUUUGCUGCACUAUGCUGGAGUUACUCUUUGCUUGGGUCUCUGUAUCUUGUCAUUUUCUGUCCAUCUGACUUUUUAAAUCCAGCCUGCAAUUUUCCUUUGCACAUCUGACAUGAUGUCCUCAGCAUUUGAGUGCAUUGUGGUGUAGUAUUUUACAUAAAUUUCAAUCAAAUUACUACUACGUUCCUGGUACCUCACACAAUGUAACUCCAAAGCUCCAAAUAUGGCUGUUUCUCUCAAGCUUGUUAUGCAUCUCGAAGAUGCAAAUUAUUUUACUCACUGGCAAUGCAGAAACGGGAGCAGAACCUUGAUUUAACUCCUCACCUUUCCAAAGUCGGACAUUAUGGUUAACAUUUCAUGAAGUUUAUACUAAAAGGGUAUUGAAUCAGUGUGAAUAAAAAAAGUGCCUAUUAGGCCGAGUGGGUGGACGGAGAUCCCAGUUUGCGUUGUAAAGUACUUGACGUUGAGGUGUGGAACUUACCGAGUUGUCAUUUGUCACAAAAAAAGGAUAUGCUUUCUGUAAAUCACGAGGAAAGCACCUUAUGCAUCAGUGCUACCAAAUUUUUUUUUUAAUCUGAAUUUCUACUAUCAUUUCAUUGCUCCUCUUUCAUGUAAGGACUUAAAAUAGUGCAGAUGGCUCUGUGACUUGCAUUUGUCAAAGCAGUUUUUGGGCAGGGUGAUGUUUGAGUGAAUGGGUGGAAUAUGGUGAUGGUCUUACCUUGAUUUGUCCCUUUAAUUUGUUACAUUCCUUUGUUCCCUUGUAAUUCCACAUUGUUUUACUUGAAAGACAAAAUGACAGUUGAAUAAAAAGACCAAAAAUGUA